GAGAAUGUGGUCGACCUUUUUCGUGACCGAUGAGGAAGGCCGCACGGUGGUGCCGGGGGCAGGAGGGAUGGUGCCGGUACCAGCAGGAGCGAGUCAGGGAGGUUUGACAAGUCUGAUGACCGGACGCACCACGUUCGGAGGGAACAAGCGUCGCAGGACCACGUCCAUGGGACACAUGAGUGAGGCGCAGGAGGGAAAGAUCAAGUUGGCGUUCUUCGUGGCCAUCGUGGGCGUGGUCCUCACGGUGCUCGGUGUGGGCACGGAGUUCUGGGUGGAGCUGGCACCGUCCAAGAGUUUUUACAACAACCAGACCUGUCUGACGGCUCAUUAUGGUCUGUGGAAAGGCUGCACCAAGACCUUGUGGGUGACUGAUAUCGACCCAGAGAGACUGAGCUGUGGACCCGCUGAGCUGCCCGGAGAAUCUAACUGCACCUACUUCAAGUUUUUCACCACAGGGGAAAACGCUGUGAUGUUCCAGAAGACGACGCAGAAGAAUCUGAACAUAGCGGCGGCCAUGUUGGCUCUGUUCAGCCUCUUCCUCAUGGUGAUGGGAGCCAUUUGCAUCACGAUGGCUCUCAGCAAAGAAAUCCUCUUCUUCCUCAAACCAGCGUCGUUCUGCUUCAUCCUGUCAGGCGUCCUGGUGCUCCUGUCUCUGGUGGUCUUCCAUCAGUCGGUCCUCGCGCUGCUGUCCAGCGACCACACGGUUCCUCUGCACCACGAGCUCUCGUGGUCGGUGUCGUGCAUCGGCUGCGCGGGCGCCGUCCUCAUCGUGGGCGGGAUCCUCUUCGUGCUGCUGGCGCUGCCUUACAGCCCCUGGCAGAAGUGUCUCCCUCACAAUGACAGUGGCAGCUAGUGGUCAGGAGGUGUUAUUGCACUUUUCUUCUGUUUCCCAAAGACGUCUGAGUAAAACGAUCUUCGUCCUGUGACGUUUUUGUGAAACAGCUUUGUCUUACAAUCAUCUGCAAUUUACUGUUUACUGUUUGUUCACUAAGAUCACAUCAUUCUUAGAUUAAAUCUGAUUAAAAAAACUGUAGAAGCUAAAACAAGUGACUUGAAUCAACCUUUUGUUACUUAUUUGCUGAAUUUCUUUGCUUAUUUGCUUAUUUAUCCGCUUUAUUUCUGCAGUUUAUCGUCUUUCAUCAGAUUAAAACAUCAUUUUCAUUCGUCAUAAGAAUUUAAAUAAGCAGCAGUUUUCAGUAAUCUGAUUAAGACAAUAGUCUGAUUAUGAGAUCAAAAUUGUAUUUAAAACAAUCAAUCAGAGAUUAAGAUGUGGAGUAAUCUGACUCUCAGCAUGAUGCAUUCUCACAGUGGAUGUGGCGUCAACAUAAUCAGAUUACACCCUGUGUUAUUUGAAUAUAAUCUGAAUAUUCUAUUAGCAAUUCAAACAAACAUGAUAAUCUGAAUAAUGUAUUUUUCAGAAUAAGGUCAAUAAUCUGAUUAUUCAUGUCAAUUUAAACACAAGUAUUAAUCCAAUUAGGACAAUAAUCUGAUGGUUUCUGCCAUGUAAAUGAGAACAUGUUUUGAAGUAAUCUGAUUUUAAUCUCCUCAUUUGACUUGUGUCUUCAUCAGAUUAUAACGUAUUACUGUUAGCUUUUUCACAACAGUGGAUGUAAUGAAGAGACGAGUCAUAAUCAGAUUAUCUUCCAUAACAUGUCAACAUGAAUAUUAUGGGAUAUUCUGUGACUCUUCUUAAGAUCUUAAUUUGAAAAAUAUUCAGAAUAACAUCAGUAGUGGGAUUAUUGGUUUCCAUGGAAACCAGAUUAUUGUCAGUCAUGUGACCUGCAGCCAGGCUUUUUUAAACUCUCAUGUUUUCUUCUUGUUUCUAUGAAGACGUUAAAUCUACGUUAAGAUGGUUUUAUCGUCUUGUUGAUUUCACUCUGUCGUGUUUUGCUGCUUUUAUUUUGGUAACUUCCUGUGUAACUCAUCAUGUUUCUAAUGAAGAGGAAACUCUGUGCGCCGUGUUUUUCCUGCACUGAAUGGAUUUGCGUUGAAAUGACUUGAUUUUAUUAUUAAACAUGACAUGAAUAUUUCAUGUCGUCAGAUUC